GGGGGCAGGACGCCACAUCGGAAGGGGGUGCCGGGGCCAGGAGGCGAGAAGCUCAGCCCAGGCCCUCUGUUCCUGUGCUCAACCUCAAGAGGACCAACAAGCACCAACUCGGGGCCCAGCGGACCCACACCAGCCUGGCGCUCGGAGGCGCUGGGCCCAAGCCCGGGCUCCGAUAGGCGCCGCCGGAGGAGCCCCGCAGACGCCAUGCUAAAAGCCAAAAUGGCUGCCCCGAGGAUGCCCGCAGCGCGCCGCCUGUGAGCAGGGAGCCGGCCGCUGCGGGAGCUGGGGAGGGGGCGCCGGGAAGGCAGUCGCCGCUCUCCAGCCGGAGCCUCUCAGGUUGUAGCCACAGGCAUCCCUUGCUGUUACUUUUAAUUUCUAUUUGUAAAGAAACUGAUCAAAGGGGGAAAAUGAUAAAGUUCUUCCUUAUGGUGAACAGACAGGGGCAGACCCGACUGUCUAAGUACUAUGAGCACGUGGAGAUUCAUAAGCGCACACUUCUGGAAACGGAGGUCAUCAAGAGUUGUCUGUCUCGAUCCAGCGAACAAUGCUCGUUCAUUGAAUAUAAGGAUUUUAAGCUGAUCUAUCGGCAAUAUGCAGCUCUCUUCAUCGUGGUUGGAGUCAAUGACACCGAGAAUGAGAUGGCCAUUUAUGAAUUCAUACACAAUUUCGUAGAAGUUUUAGACGAGUACUUCAGCCGAGUGAGUGAACUAGAUAUAAUGUUUAAUUUGGAUAAAGUCCACAUCAUUUUGGAUGAGAUGCUGCUGAACGGUUGCAUUGUGGAAACGAACAGAGCGAGAAUCCUUGCCCCUCUCCUGAUCCUUGACAAGAUGUCGGACAGCUGAGGACAAAUGCCAGGCAAGGCCGGAAUGGCAGGCAAGCCAAAGACGUCGUGAACCAUGCAGCCUUCCGAGAACUGUCGGUGGCUGUUCCCCAUGAUUCCUCAGGAGAAAACAAUUCUGUGUACAAAGAAACCUUUUCUCUAAACAGAGAGCCAAGGUUUCAAGUGGCAACUGUACGCAUGCUUUUCCUUCAGCGGGAGCAGCGGGGCCGUGGUGGGAGAAUGGAUGGCAGCUGUCCUUUAGCCAAUAAAUGUCAAACUGCCUGGCCUGCCUGACUUCUGA